AGGCUGCCAACAUCGGCUGAAGGUACCCUGUCUUCUUCAGGAAACGAAGCUCUGAAGAUGAAAGCUGCUCUUUUGUACUUGACUCUCUGUGGCUUAACCUGGGCUCAGUCGGAGCUUCAACCCCAUUACAGGAAAGCGAAGCAGAAGUGCCGGGGAGAUCACCAGAUAAUGCUCAAAGGUCGUCACUCCAAGCACGGGUUUUACAUAUUUAAUUACGUGUACUCGUCUGCAGUGACCAACAAUCAAACACAGAUUCAGAAAGAAGAAGAAGAAAACAGAAAUAACAUUUCCAUUAUCACUCAUGGGUCUGACAGAAAAAAUGUACCAAGGAAGGCCACUGACAAUUUCACUGACACAACACAAGAAGCAAGAGAAGAACAGAAGCACUUGGAUGCAACUGGAAAUGGCAGUAAGACCGAGGGCAGAAGAACUACUGGAAGCAGCCAAAAUUUAUAUAGACAUUAUGGAAACACCACAAAUCAGGAUCUCCACCAGCAUCACUUGGAGGUAAUUGUCAACAAGGAAGGAAAUGAAAUUGCUACAGGAGAUAACACCAUUGAGAUAGAUGGAAGUGGGGACAUAGGCUUUCCAGGCCAAGUUGACACCCAACAUGGCGUCAUUAUUGGCAAUGAAUAUCAUGACCGAGUCAAAGACCAUCAAGACACAAGAGGCACUGAUAAACUUCGGGGGAAAGAUAAAGAUGGCAAAUCUGGGUUAUCUAGUAAUACCAAGUCAUCAAAAGAUCCCCACAUCAAAAUAGAGAUGAAGGAGAAUGAUGCCAGUGCAGUCUGGGAAAACAAUCCUUUCCAUGAUAUUCCCAAGAAAAUUAAAGACCCAUCAAGCAAAGAUUAUUCAAAAGUCCAUUUGAAAGUCAUAACUGAUGCCACCAAUAGGGAGCCAGGAAAAGAAGAAGGUGGUCAUGUUCAUUUGUUAGACAAAAGCAGAAGGGAUAACAGUACCACCAAACUAUACACAAGUCUCGAAGUAAAAGCCAACAUCUCUCGAGAACGUGUAGGGGAAAUUGAACCCAUGAGAACCAGAGGCAGCUACACUAACAUCGUAGAUACCAGUGAAAUUAAAGUGGCUAAGGAAAAUGGUACUGGCAAUGCUACAGUUCAUACAAAAGGCAAAGAUGGGUAUACAGUGACAGUUAGGAAGCUGAAUGGACAGAAGGAUGGAUAUGGAGUUACCAAACCACGUAAAAAGGGUGAUGUAAAAGAUGGUGUCACUAGUGGCAACCAUGUGGAAAUAGUUGGUGUUACCAACCUACAAAAGAAAGAUGAAACCAGAAAGGAUGUCACUAAUGGAAGGUCCAAGAGCCAUCUGGAAGCAGCUGGUGUUACCAACCUACAAGAAAAAGAUGAAACCAGAAAGGAUGUCACUAAUGGGAGGUCCAAUAGCCAUCUGGAAGCAGCUGGUGUUACCAACCUACGGAAAAAAGAUGGAACCAGAGAGGAUGUCAGUAAUGAGAAGUCCAACAGCCAUCUGGACGCAGCUGGUAUUACCAAACUACAAAAAAAAGUUGGCGGUGAAAUUGGUACCAAAGAAAGGCUUAUCAGUCACGUGGGGGAGCUUGGUGAUACCAAGACAGAGAAAACAAAGCAAAGUAAAGUUAUAUUGAGCAGGAAACUAAAUGGUCAUAUGGAUGGAUCUGGUACUACUAAGUCACAUUCAAAAGGUGAACUUACUCUCCUUUCUGGCAAACAAAUUUCUGAUUCCGGUGCAACACAGCACGGUCGAAAAAGUCCCGGUGAAGUUGGUAUUAUUCAUAAAAGGCCUAGUAUUGGUGAAGGUGGCAGUUAUGAAAAAACAAACAAAAAUGCUAAUGAGAGCACAUUGGGUGACCCAAAGAUGACUGAAAGUGGCAAAACAGGAUUUGGCGUCACAUUUCAAAAAGUCAACAAGGACACUCCAGAAAGAGCUAUCAGUUACAAGAAAGCUACUGGAGAUUCUGCAGAUCUCAAGACGAGUGAUAUAGAUUCUUCCAACAAACAGGAGGAGCUCAGUGGUCAAAAAUCGAUCCAGUUCAAAAGUGCCCUGGCUGAAUCUCGUGGGUCUCACGGCGGUAUCCGAGACAUCCUUAAUAUUCCAAAGAAUGAGAAGCUUAAAAGUCAGGGGCCCUCGUUGGCCACUGUGAAGAGCAAUAGGAAGGUUAUGAAGCCAAGCAAAAAGGCAUCUAGGGUUAAUACUGGAACGCAUGGCAGCAGUGCAGCUAAGCAUUACCAUGGGUAUUUGGGUGUCCUGAGGAGAAAGAGCAGUCAACGUGGUAAGAAGCGUCCAUCUGUCCAUAGAAAUGACAGCAGCCAAUCAUCGGAGAGUGAGGAAAACAGCCGCCAGUCAUAUGAAGACUAUCAGAAUGACAGACCCGACAGUCAUCAAUCACCUGAGAGUACUGAAGAAGCCCGAUCUGAUGAAAGUCAUGACCACAGCCAAGGAACCAACUCACAAGAAGAUUCCCAGGAGCGGAAAAGUACUGAUUGAUUUGCUUGCAUUUGUUCAGAAGGGAAGAAAAGAGAGCCUCAAAUGCACUAGGCUAGGUCAUACAUAGGCCAUAAUUAUGUGGCAUUGCUCUGGUGCGCAGAAUAAAGCUGAAAUCCUAUACCCACUUACUUGGAAGCAAGAUUCAUUGAACUCAAUGGGAUUUACUUUGGAGUAGGCAUAUAUCAGAGCAUUGCACUUCAAGAGCCGUUAUUAGGGUUGAGUCGAAAUAACUCACAAGUGUUUUCAGCUGUACCUCCCUUGCUCAAUUAUUUUGGGGGGGGCAGUAAUGGCAAAAUGGAGAGCUUAUUUGUGUAAAUUGGCUUUGCUAGCUCUUAUUCUUAGUGAUGUCAUUAUAUUGCACAAUCUGCUUGCCACAUGACAUCCUGAGGUGAUCCCAUAACCCAUCCUUCCCCCACCUGGCGCCCUCCAGCUAAUUUGGACUACAACUCCCAUCAGCCUUAGCAAUCACAGAUGGAAGUUGCAGCUCAGGGGAGGCUGCUGUAACCUGUUCACCGUGCAAUGAUUGCAUAGUGAUCAUCUGUUAGGUCAAUUCAGGAAGGAAGGAGCAGCACCUAGGUAAAGCACUGCAGGAGCUUGUUAGCAUCUCUCUGUACAAUGGAAGAGAGUGCCUUUGGGAGUAAAGUCAAACUAUUGGAGAGUUACAGUGACCACUGUGGCUGUAGAGACUGAUAAGGGAGAGACAUGCUUUGUUGCAGCUGGGGCAGCUAAGAAAAAGUAUUUCCACAAUAAUGUUCAAAAAUCAGUAAUAGAUAAUACUUAGCACAGCUCUUGUCAUUAUGUUUUCUAAAGUCUGAAGGCAGGGAAAUCUAUGACCCUCCAGAUGCCGCAUAACUACAACUCCAUUACCUGUGACCGUUGGCCAUGCUGGUUGGGCUGAUGGAAACUGGAGUCCAUCCAACAACAUUUGGAAUGCCAUAGGUUCCUUAUCCUUGCAUUAAAAACAACUUUGACAUUUACGUCUUUCACAAUACCUCUGAUGUUGUAAUCUGAAAUUAUUAGCUAGAGGACUGAAUAGUUGUUUUACUGUAUUGAUUUUAUUUGAGUAAAAUAUGUUGCAAAACAGUAGAGAGAUAUCUCUAACAUGUAGGACUUAAUAAUUACUGAUGCUAUGAUUAUGCCGCAUGCCAAUAAAGUAUUGGAAAAGUC